GGGGCCGCACGCGCUUUCCAUGUGCAGGGAGACGCGGCUCAGCAGGCGCCAGCGCGAGCCCCGCCGCGGGGAUGAAGUUCGCUUACAGGUUCUCUAACUUGCUGGGCACUGUUUAUCGGCGUGGGAACCUACAUUUCACCCCAGAUGGUAACUGCGUCAUCAGCCCCGUCGGGAACAGAGUCACUGUCUUUGACCUGAAAAAUAAUAAGUCAGAAACAUUACCAUUGGCAACACGGCACAAUAUCACAUGUGUGGGGCUCUCUCCAGAUGGAAGUCUUGCCAUAUUAGUUGAUGAAGAGGGAGCUGCCUUGCUUGUCAGUUUGAUUGGUAAAUCUGUGAUACAUCAGUUCCAUUUUCAGAAGCCAGUGCACUGUGUCUGCUUUUCCCCAGAUGGCAGGAAAUUUGUGAUCACAAAGGACAAUGUUGCUCUUAUGUACCAUGCCCCUGGGAAGAAACGAGAAUUUAAUGCCUUUGUUCUGGACAAAACUUACUAUGGUCCAUACGAUGAAACAACAUGCAUUGACUGGACUGAUGAUUCCAAGUGUUUUGCAAUCGGUAGCAAGGAUAUGUCAACAUGGGUGUUUGGAGCUGAACGAUGGGUUAACCUGAUCUAUUACUCUCUGGGAGGGCAUAAAGAUGCAAUCGUAGCCUGCUUUUUUGAAGAGAAUAGUCUAGAUCUGUACACAAUUAGCCAGGAUGGGGCCUUGUGUGUGUGGCAAUGUGAUACAGACUUGGAUGGUCUAAAGCCCAGGCCUCCCAAAGACAGAGCAGAAGAUAAGAAUGAAUCAAUAGAAGACCUGGGUGAAGAGUUUAUUGAAGAGCCCAAGGGUGAGGAGAUUCAUGGAAAAGCCACUACAAAUGAAAAAGAAAGGAGAGACAAAGUGAAAUAUUCACGUGCUGCAAAGUACUUUUUCAACAAAGAAGGAGAUUUUAAUAACCUGACAUCUGCAGCUUAUCACAAGAAAACACACCUUCUGGUCACUGGUUUUGCUUCUGGAAUUUUUCACAUACAUGAGCUUCCAGAGUUCAACCUUAUCCAUUCCUUAAGUAUUUCAGACCAGAGGAUUGCCACUAUUUCUAUCAACUGCACUGGUGACUGGAUUGCUUUUGGAUGUUCAGGUCUGGGUCAGCUGCUGGUGUGGGAAUGGCAAAGUGAGUCUUACGUGCUGAAGCAGCAGGGCCAUUUCAACAGUAUGGUCUCAUUGGCAUAUUCUCCAGAUGGGCAAUACUUAGUUACUGGCGGGGAUGAUGGGAAAGUGAAAGUUUGGAACACCAGUAGCAGCUUCUGCUUUGUCACUUUUACGGAGCAUACCAGCAGCAUCUCUGCUGUAGCUUUUACCUCCACCGGUUAUGUCAUUCUGAGUGCUUCCCUGGAUGGAACAGUGCGAGCCUUUGAUCUUCACAGAUAUCGCAAUUUCCGCACCUUCACUUCUCCACGACCAGCCCAGUUCUCUUGCUUAGCAGUGGACUCCAGUGGUGAGAUUAUUUCAGCUGGUUCCCAGGACUCGUUUGACAUAUUUGUCUGGUCAAUGCAGAGUGGCAGACUGUUAGAUGUCUUAUCAGGUCAUGAAGGUCCCAUCAGUAGUCUGUGUUUUAACCCAAUGAAGAGUAUCUUAGCUAGUGCCUCUUGGGAUAAAACGGUCAGACUCUGGGAUAUGUUUGAUAGCUGGAGAACCAAGGAGACACUAACACUGAACUCAGAUGUUCUUGUUGUUGCUUUCCGCCCUGAUGGCAGUGAGCUUGCGGUUGCUGCCCUGGAUGGACAGAUAACUUUCUGGGAUCAUGAAAAUGCAGUGCAGACUGGAUCAAUUGAAGGAAGACACGACCUUCAGAUGGGAAGAAAAGAGUUGGACAAAAUAACAGCCAAACAGUCUGCUAAGGCAAAAUCUUUCACUACUCUGUGUUAUUCAGCUGAUGGCCAAUCUAUUCUGGCAGGAGGAUUAUCAAAGUUUGUCUGUAUUUAUCAUGUGAAGGAACAGAUUCUUAUGAAGAAAUUUGAAAUCUCAUGUAAUCUUUCCUUAGAUGCAAUGGAGGAGUACUUGGAUCGUAGGAAAAUGACUGAAUUUGGCAGCAUGGCGCUGAUUGAUGAUGGGGCUGGGGAUGAGGAUGGUGUUGCCAUUGCUCUUCCAGGUGUAAAGAGAGGUGACUUGAGUUCUCGGCACUUUAAACCAGAGAUAAGAGUGACAUGCCUCCGUUUCUCUCCUACUGGACGAAGCUGGGCAGCGACCACCACAGAAGGCCUUCUCAUCUACUCACUAGACUCCGGACUAAUCUUUGAUCCAUUUGAGUUGGACAUUGACAUCACACCUAGCAGUGUGCGCAAAGUGCUGAGUCAGAAGGAGUACACCAUGGCCAUCGUCAUGGCCUUCCGACUGAAUGAGAAGAAAUUAAUUCAGGAGGUCAUAGAGACUGUACCGUGUAAUGAAGUUGAUGUUGUCUGCUCAUCGCUCCCAGAGCUGUAUGUGGAAAAGGUGCUGGAGUUUCUAGCCUCUGCCUUGGAGACAUCUCAUCACUUGGAAUUCUAUCUUACUUGGGCUCAGCGGUUACUGAUGCUACACGGACAGAAGUUAAAAACAAGGUCAGGGAAGCUGCUGCCCUUGAUUCAGUUCCUUCAGAAGAGCAUCCAACGUCACUUUGAAGAUGUUUCUAAACUCUGUGAGUGGAAUCGCUAUAAUAUUAAAUAUGCUUUGGCCAUUUCCCAACAACGGGGCAUGAAACGUCCUGCAGAAACAUCAGUGAGUGAAGAGGAGUUGGAGGAUAACAGCGAUUAUCUUAUGGAAGAGGCAACCACGCAUUCAUAGGACAACUUAUUUUCCCUUAAUUUUCCUAUUUCUUUUUGUUUUUUGGGGACCUACAGAAGCAAUCACUUGCGCCAGUGGUAUUCACUGAGAUUAAGUGGCCCUCAUAGUGGCUUAUUUUGUAUAUGUUGUGAUAUAGGCUUGGAGUAUCUGCAAAGAUACAGAAGCUGGUUCGAUUUAGGAUAGCUAAAGUGUAGUCCAUACAGUCCCUAAAACAUGGCUUAUGUCCUCCCUCUUCCCGUAACUGAGGGAGCGAGGACGAAGCUGAUCAGCUAGAUUUGUAUCUGAACUCAAACAAGAAGAUACUUGUGUUCAUCUGUCAAAAAAGAUAAAAGCGCAAGUAAAAUUAUUGUUUGGUGUGUUUAUUUUUGAUAAAAUGUAUAUACAUAUACAGGCAUUUUAGGCAUUGCAAGUCACUCUCUGAAGUCUUUGCUGUCACAAUAUUUCUGUGCCCCUGGAUUAAACUCUUUUUUUAAUCAUUUGUGUGUGUGUGUGUCAUUUUUCAUUAAAUAUUUGGAGGGUUGCAUAUUGACCUCAACUCCAUUUCGAAAUGUUAUCCUAGUUGCAUUUAAUAAAAUAAUAAUAAUUUUAUAAAUUCUAAAAUUAUCCAAACUUUAAGCUGAAUAUUACCCCAAAAAAGGAAAAAUAUUUGGAAUAAAUGUCAUACCAUAGUGUGAACAAAUAUGUGAGCAAAGAUUCUGUGUAGUACAGCAUCUGCAAGGAAUUUAAUUGGUUAAUGAUCAAGGGUAUUGCAGUAAAGAUUUAUGUCCAGAAAUUUCCAGCCUGUUGAAUGCAACUUAUACCACUAUGUAACCAAAUCAGCAGAACAUUAAAUAUCUGAAUGUUUCUUUUCUUUUUUUCGUUUUAACAUGACAGCUGUUGUAUUUUUUUUUUUUUUUUUAACAGUACAACCAGGGUUCAUUAGGAUGUCAGAUUCUGCAGGUUUGGGUCUCUCAGUUGCUUUAAAUGUGAGUCAACAUGAGCACCAGUUAAUUACUUUUUUGAGAUUCUGAGUAUGGAAAAAACAUGCAUGUCUCCUAUGCAAUAUAUUAACAGAUCUCUAUUAGUGAAGAAUAUCUCACAGAUUACGGAUGGGGAUCAAUCACAAGUGAUCUUCUAUUGAAUUCUGUUUUGGUGGCAACACUUGGCAAAAAGGUUACUGAAAACUGUUACAGAGAAAAUGUGCAUAAAAAUGUUUAGAUGUAGAAAAAAAAUCAGUUUGUAUGACUCAACUGUAUAAAAUAAAUAUUACUGUAUGCUCUGGUGAUCGAAGUAAAUAAAUA